AGCCGGGCCGGGGUGACGAGCGAGGUUCUGAGGGCCAGAGGGGGAACAAGUCGUUCUUAGAGCCCGUCCCUGAGGGCCGAGAGCAGCGAGGGAAGGGCAGAGCAGCUCCCGGAGCCCGUGAGGGGCGGGCACGGCCCCGGCUGGGGGAGCUGCCGGGCACGGAGCCGCUCCAGGGCUGGAGCCGGGCUGGGAGAACUGAGGGAGAGAAUCCAGGGAGAGUGCUGUCCCAUGGCAGCUGCCCCAGCAGAGAGCUCCAGGAGCCAUGGGAAGGGGCUGGAGUGGAGCCAGAGUCACAGCAGCUCUGCCUUGGACUAUUCAGGAGACACCUUUGAGUCCUUCAGUGAGGAGGAGGAGGAGAGUGAAGCACCUGGAUCCUGGUGUUCCACAGAGGCUUUGGAGGGGGCAGCUGUGUCAGAGGCUUUGGAAAGCUCAGCAUCACUGGCAGGGCAAAGCGCUGCAGAGGAGGAGUUUGAAGCAGUGGAUCCUGCAGCUGUGGAAAGAGCAGCCAUAGGAAAAUGGAUUGAUGCCAUGGGAAAAUGGAUUGAUCUGAAAAAUAAAGACACUGGGAUUAGGCCAGACAAAUCUGUCAUCAGAACUCCUGCUGGAGUUGCUGGGUUCUCCCAGGGAGAGCUGGGUGCUCUCAGCCGUUUCUGCAGCAGCAGGAUCUGCAGGAUGCAGCAGCAGCAGGCACAGAAGGGCAGGAGGCUGCACUGGGGAGGCCCAGCAAGGCAAACUGAGCCAGGAGAGUCCUGUGCUGUUCCUGCCCAGCUGAUGAACAGGAUCCUGCUGGAAAACACCAGGGAGGCUGUGAAACAGGUGACAGAAGCUGAAAUCCACGAGGUUUCAGCCUGUCCUGACUGCCAGCAGAAGGAAGCAGAGCUGGCCAAGGUUGCUUUUCUCAGGCACAAAAAGACUCUGCUGGAAAGUGCUUUAAUCCAAGAGAAAUUGGAAGAACAGUUUUACUCCAGGGACAUGCUCACACUUCUAGGAGAAGCACUCAGAAGCUUUCCCAAACCUUCAGAGGAUCCCAGGGAUUUGUGGCAAAGGCUGAAGGGUCAGGAGUGGAAGGACUGAAUGAACCACAGCUCCAGUGGGUGAUGAACUGGGAGAGCCUCCUGUGGGCAGUCAGCUCCAGAAUUCCAAUGAUUUUGGUUCUGAGGUGCUCUGGCAGUGAUGGAUUGGGUGCUGCUUUAAUAUUCCUGCAGGUGGAACCAGAUCUGCCUGGCUGGGGUGUGAGUCAACCUUUCCUCAAUGCAAAUGUUGCAGUAGAUUGUAAUCCAUCUCCAUAGAUUUCUCAAAUUCCAGAAGCCAACAGUUUCCAUUAUUAAUCUGGCAAGGCAGAAGUAUUGUUUUUUGGGGGAUUGCUGUGGGAUUGCAGAGCAGCUCCCAGCUGCCUCCAUCCAUAAGGAAAAUAAAUGAUUCUGUUUGCCAGGGCAGGGAGGUGUAAUUACUGCAUCUCAGCUCAGGCUUUGCCCACUGCCUCAUGGCAAAUUGAAAGUGAGAGCCCCAGGUGGAAGACAAAAAGCAAAGUUAACUAUAAAAAGCAGUAAAAUGAAAUGAAGUAUUUAUAGAAGGGAAUUAAUGAGGUUGUAACAGAAAUUAAUCAGCAGGACUGGGGGUGCCAAUGGGAUGAGAAAUGGUAAUAAAUUAAUCAUGGAAUCUAUAUAGGAUAGAGAAAAACAAGCAACAGAUGAAAACUGGGAGAGGAAUUGCAAGAAAAUACUUUGGAAUUUGUUGUAGUUUUUCAAGAUGACGAAGUCACUGUUAUUCAAAGACUGGAUCUGGGGUUCAGUACACAUCCAAAUAAAAUGGAAUUGUGCUGGGAA